GUCUCAGGUUUUUCUUCUCCGAAGUGGGUACGGCAGGAGUGAACUGUGUUGACUGCCAUUGCCUUUUCCCUUUUUCUCAAUGAUGUCAGUGAAGAUGGCUUUGGGGAUCCCAAGGGGCCUUAGUCCAGCCACGGUGACCCUGUUGCUGCUGCUGCUGGGAGGUGCUCUGGCUAAGGGCAGAGACUCUCCAGAGGACUUCGUGUACCAGGGUAAGGGCCUGUGCUACUACACCAACGGGACGCAGCGCGUGCGGGGGGUGGUGAGGUACAUCUACAACCGCGAGGAGUUCGUGCGCUUCGACAGCGACGUGGGCGAGUACCGCGCCGUGACCGAGCUGGGGCGGCCGGACGCCGAGUACUGGAACAGCCAGCCGGACUUCCUGGAGCAGACGCGCGCCGAGCUGGACACCGUGUGCAGACACAACUACGAGGUGAACAUCCUCCCGCUGACCCAGCGGUGGCGAGUGCAGCCUACGGUGACCAUCUCGCCAUCCAAGACAGAGGCCCUGAACCACCACAACCUGCUGGUCUGCUCAGUGUCAGAUUUCUAUCCAGCUCAGAUCAGAGUCCAGUGGUUCCGGAAUGGCCAGGAGCAGACAGCUGGCGUCGUGUCCACCUCCCUCAUUAGGAACGGGGACUGGACCUUCCAGAUUAUAGUGAUGCUGGAGAUGACCCCCCAGCGUGGGGAUGUCUACACCUGCCACGUGGAGCACUCUAGCCUCCAGAGCCCCAUCACAGUGGAGUGGCGGGCACAGUCUGAAUCUGCGCAGAGCAAGAUGCUGAGUGGCAUCGGGGGCUUCGUGCUGGGGCUGAUCUUCCUGGGGCUGGGCUUCUUUAUCCAUCGCAGAAGUCAGAAAGGAGCUCGUGGACCUCCACCAGCAGGGCUCCUACAGUGACUUCCGAGUGUGUCCUGAGUGGAAUUGGCCUUCACUCUUCUGUGCGGCUUGCCUGCCACAGCCCAGAGUUCCCGCCUUGACUCAGCCUCCUUCUAUGAUCAGAAUCCCACCGCGGCUCCCAUACUCCUCUAGCUCACCUCCUGUGACCCCCGCCCCAAGGACCUCAGCUCCCUGAGCUCACCCCCGAGUCUUGCCUGUAUGUGACAGCAGCACCGACUCAGACCCAAAGGGCUUGCCUUUUUUAUGUCUUCCCAGUGUGUGGCUCAAGAGAUGCAUUAAAGCCAUUUGUCUGGGUGUAGAGUUUUUUUAUGAUUAAACAUGGUUCUGAGUGA